AUGUCGAAUUCACCGAAGAAGAAGGAGAAACGGCGUCGUCUAUUUCUUGAAAAGGAAGAAGCAGGUGAACGGAGGUUUGGUCCUGAGCCCGGCGAAAACAGGGUGUUUCUACUUGAGUCCGUUGAAAUAGUUGAACCCGCUCAAGAACCUAUGCAGGAUGUUCGUGAGCCUGCUCCUGAGCCCGGUUUUGGGUUAUAUGAUAACCCGGCAAAGAAGAGGUGCCGAUCCGACGUAAUCUCACAUGCCAUUAGGUGUCUGACAGAAGAAAGAAACACAUCUGUUUGUGUCCAACGAGAUCACGUUGGACGAGUCUGGAAGCAACUACAAGAGAGUGGAGAGCGCCAAGCAUACUUUGAUGAUUCACAAGUAAUCAGUUCCAUAGAAGAUGAAAUUCGGCAGUGGGAGACUCUUCACGAUAGCAAGGUACAAAGCAGGAAAGCUUCAGACCUUAAUGUGUGUUAUCUCGGAGGGGACAAUCCUAUCAACGAUCUUGAGGUUCUUCUGGACAAUGGCGUCCUCCCACAGAAUGUUUGGGCAGUGGAGAAAAAUUUUGAAACAUGCAAGAGAGCACGGGAAGCCAUCCGUGGAUCGAAGUUAAGAAAUGUCCGAUUGUUUGAAGGUGACAUCCUUAAUUUUAUGAAAGACUAUGAAGGUAACUUUGAUAUUAUUUAUUUUGAUGCCUGCGGUACACUUCCGUCGGCUAAACAGAACACUCUUAAGAUUAUCGGAUAUGUCUUUCAGUAUAAUAAGCUGACAUCUCCAGGAGCCUUGAUCACAAAUUUUUCAUUUCCUACAGAUGAGGAAGAUGAGGAAGGACACAGAAUAACAGAAUUAGUUACAGAGUAUUUAAAUUACAGGCAUAAUAAUACAUCUCAAGAGGGGAAUGCUAAACGAAUGCUUCGUAGUCGAAGGACUGGCGAAGACUAUGGUGAUUACAUCACCUAUCAAGUUAUUGACUCUGCUUAUUUAUAUAUCCCUGCCUUAAGAAUGCUCUCAUCCACAAGAUCAGGUCGGUCAAGCCCGUUAUGGGAUCAAAUGUUUACAAGUAAAAGUCACUUUCUCAAGCAACUAAGAAAAAUAGGUAAAGAAUUGUUUGGCGCAGCCAGUAAAUCAAGUCCUGACAGUAAAUCUUGUUCAGUUAGUGAAAGUGCCAUUGAAGUGACUGAAGCUAGUGAAUCGUUCGCUACAUCUACAUCUGCAUCUGCAGCCAGUGAAUCAUUCUCCGAAUGUUUUCCUUUUGCAAGGGGUGAUUCUUCUGAUGAAGAGCUUUCAGCACUGAAAAAAGCAUAUAGUGCUUCUAGUUUGUGUAGAUGUGGUACUGCUUUGCUAGAAAAAAUGAAAAAUAAUAACCUUUGCAAAGCCUGGUUUAUUGAGAUUUUACCAGAUUGGUGGUCAACAUCAAAAUCGGAAACUCAGAUCCUCCCGUUUUUGCUUUUGACUCAUCUUCUCUCUUAUUUUGAUGCUUUGAUCUCUGCAUUUACUAAUCACAACUUUCAAGAGACAUGCAUUAAACCCCUUAAAAAUGCCCUUGAUGAGGCGAAAUUUCCCGGAUUUCAGAAAGCAGUAGAUUUAGAUAGAUCAAAAAGUUUGGUUGCUGGCUUACUGUAUGGCCAGAUGGCAUAUCCAUCAUUUCCUGUGGUGGACAAGAUGCUACGACUUUGCUACACUGGAAAUACAAGGCAGAUGUUCACUGAUGUUUUCAUUUUUGACCAGUGUCGGUAUGUUUAUCAGCAAUUUCCUUCCAUUAGUUGUGCUGGCUUUGCCAUUACAGAACCAGGACAGCAAAUGGUGUUCAGAAUGGUUGUGGAUGGCUUAAGAAAGCACUUGGAAGACAUUUGCUGUGAAGAUGUCUUUCCUUAUUGUGAUGUUGCUAGUAAAGAUCCUGUACCUGAGGGAGUGACUGGCUUCCCAAAUAGUGGGCCUAUGAUUCCCGAAAGGAAAGAGGUGAACUAAGUUUGAUGAAGGUUGCUGCUAAGAAAAACAAAACAUUGAUGAUUUGUGUAUGUAUCAUUAGCAUUGCAACAAUUGUACUCUUUUUUGAUCAAAAACAAAAGAGGUUUUGUAUCUCAUACUAAUUGCUCCUUCUUUAGGCAAUGUAAUUCUUUUAACUACUUUUCUUUAUGGGUAGUGAUCAACGUUUUUCUUUCAGCUCAAAAUGAAAGCGAUUUAAACUGAAUUUCUUAAUAUUGUGGUGAAGGAAAAACCCCUCUGUUGUUCUGUGAAGGUCCAUCCUAAGGGGAAGACACUAAAACUCUUUUUUUAAGCAAAAGAUGAAGCUUAAGGUAGUGCAUUUGAGGAGGGGGGGUUUAUAGUUAAACUUGGUUCUUAUUCAGUUUCAAACUAUCAGUUAUCUGUCUACAAUGUGCUCUCCAUUGAAGCACAUUGUAUUAAUAUUACUUACAAAUAGAUACAAGACCAUGUAUUCAAGCACUAAAAGGGGCAUUGGUUCCCAGGUGCAGGAUAAUUCUACCCUGAAAAGUAAUUAAUUGCUCCCUUUGUGAUAAAGAAAAGUUUUAGUGAAGUUAAGUGACCCAAAAUUUGGUUCUGCAAGUCAUAUAAUUUGGGUGUUUUGUGUCUGAAUAUAUCACAAUUUUAUGCUUGUUGCCAGAUGUAAGUGCCCAAAAACAGAUACCUUAUUCACUAGGAAAGGCACUGCUGCACUUAGUGAAUUUUUUACACCCCAAGUGCAACACUUUCUUGAGUGUGCCACUCAUUUGAAAAGUUUGAUGCAACAAAGAAUUGUUCUCUUUUCACCCUUCACACCCUCACAUCAGUAUCCAUAUUCUCCAUACUCCUCUCUAUAUGUUUCCAUUGGUCUGGAUAAGGAGAAUUUGUUUUAUCAUCAAAGCUCAGGUUGGCAAUCAUUUCCUUUAUUCUUGUGAUAUUAAUGAAUGAUUCAGCAGUAUUACUGCACGGAGAAUUUGGAUGCUGGUCACUCUUAGAGUUUAAAGGGUUACUUUAACAGACUGUUAGAUUAAAAGAGAAUUGAAAAAUAAAAAUUUAUAUACUGAGUAUAUAUUUUUUUAUCUGUACAAAAGCAUUGUACUGCUUUUUGCAACAAAAAUUGAAAUGCUGAAAGAAAUUGCCAUGGUAAACAAAUCUAUUGGCAGGUUUCAAAAAGAGCAGGGAAACUUCUUUUAGACUUGAAGCCAAAAGUUUUUCAAAUGCUUGAUAUUGCCUGGCAUUUUACAUCGUGUUCACCUGUAUUAAACACAAAAAUUUUUAAAUAAUAGGUUUCAAGUACAUAGAUGUCUUGUGCGAGGCCAAUUUCAUUUUCUUAUUUAGUUUUGGCAUUAUUAUGAUUGCUACUAUUUUUACUUUUAUUCUGUCACUUGUAAACAAUUCUGGUAUUGAAAUUUUACAAAAUACUUAAACUUGUGAUGCAACUAAGUAUUUAGAUAAUUGUGAGCAAGUUAAUUAACAGUAGGUUUUGGGAAGUGAUGUGUGUUGGCCAGUGUGUAAAUAAACUAGUUGUAUGUACAUGUUUGGUAUCAACUGUUAGCAUUGUAAAUAAAAUCAUUUUUGCAACUUACACUCAUUAGGUAAGUUAUGUUAUUAAUGCAAUUCUUAAGUGUAAGAAAGUGUAUAUGUCAUAAUUAGUGAGUGAGUUAGUGAUUGGUAAUCACCUUUUUUUUUUCAAAAAUAAAUAAAAAUAGCAAUAAUAUCUUAUGUAGAGAGAAAAUUGUAAGCAGAAUUCCAUUAUAUGUAAUCUGGUAUAAGUAAUCUAUUAUAGAUGGAGCAAACAAUU